UUUUGGUAGAGUGACAUGAAGUUAACGACUGGACAAAAUUAAAGCGAGAGCAAAGACUGGAACAAGCAGAUGAGAAAGUGGUAGAAGACGUCGAAGAUGAUGCAAAAGUACGGUUUGUCACUGUUAUUAAUGUUCUACAAUUAAGAAAAUUAUAUUUAUUUUUACUCAUUAGGCAUGCCCCGCAUUUUAUUAUCACCCGGAUUUUGUAUUUUUAUAACACGUUAAGUCUUAUCGUUGCGCUUGUUAACAGAAUUUUUCCCAUUUUUUUAUGGUGGUUCACUGUAAAUUGAGCGGAGCAUGCAUGAUGGACCAUCAACAGAAAUGAAGAACAGAGACCAACAAAACAGAAGCAACGACGAUCCAAAUAUACAGUGAAUGUAAGUUUUGCUGGUGCAAUGCUUAUGCAAUAAUUUAAAUAUUUUUAAAUACUCAUGUUGAUUGCUACACCCUAUUAUACAUACUCAGCCGUAAUAUUGGGAAUGGGGGAAUUUGAUUGCCAACAUCAUAUGACCACCUUUUGUAGCUGGAAUUUCAAUUAUGUAAUCUUCUUUGCCUUAAAUCACGCAACAUAUAGCUUGAUUGGGAAAUUCGUGGUUAAAAAAUUAUUGUUACAGAGGUGAUCACUUGCGCCUCCCGCGGUAUCCGCCGCUGUUACUCAGUUGUUCCUUUAUUUCUGUGUGAUAUGCUACACCCUGACUUUUAUGUACUUAAAAUUUAAAGAAAUUUUAGCAUUCCUAUCUUUACGGUAAAAAGUAUAUAUAUUAAAGUGCAUAUGACAUGAAAUUUAUUAUUUUCUUAAAUGAAAGAACUCUUUAAGCUGUAGUGUAACUUAUAUUUCAGUUUCUUGUAUUUUUGGUUUGUUCCCGAGAUAUUUCAAUUUGUUUGAUAAGUAAAUGAGUGUGAAUAUGUCCGGUAAUUUAUGACGUCACGUUGGUUGCAAGCUCAACUUACACUGGCUAUAAAUGUAUUAACUCUAAAAACUGAAAAUAUCAGUUCACGUUUUUCUCCAGUAUUUCAUCACAUUUACCAGUGAGGGAAGUUUGAAGUUAUCAUCUUGGAUGAUAGCAGUGAUAUUCAAUCAUUUUGAGGAGCUUGGAACCAACGUGACGUCAUAAAUUAGCGGACAUAUUCACACUCAUUUACAUGUCAAACAAAUUGAAAUAUCUCGGGAACAAACCAUAAAAACAAGAAACUGAAAUAUAAGUUACACUACAGCUUAAAGAGUUCUUUCAUUUAAGGAAAUAAUAAAUUUCAUGUCAAAUGCACUUUAAGCAAAUGUUUCCUAUAACAGGUGUAGUGAACUAUUCAAUCUAUUUUGUUACUAAUGGGAAAUAUCCUUUCAUUCCAGAUGAAGACCUACAACCAACAAAUCCUACAACAUCGCCAAGAUGAGAGUAUAACACAAGUUUUAUCAAGGUAAGAGAAAAUGAAAAAGGAUAGCAGCGAUUUUUAAUCGUUUCUUAUUAAAAACCGAAAAACUACUUAAAACAUUUUUGAUAAAAUAACUGUUUGAAAAAAAUGUUUAUUUAUCCUUCAGGGAAAAGAAAUUUUUACAUCAAACCGCAACCUACGAGCUUGUACGGAGAGAGAAGACAAAUAUGAAGUGAAGACAACUAGAUCAUCCAAGAAAAGACAAUACUCGAUUGAAUUGCGAGAUGAAGGAAUGGUAGAUGACAUGGACUCAUCAACAGAACGUCGAUGCCAGAUCAACAGAAACAACGAAAAUGCAAAAGUGAUUAAUAUAGAUGUAAGUGAUGUUAUAAAACUUUUGAAAUAUAUGCAUGCAGGAAUUUCUUUUCAAACCUAAUAAUAUACAUGAAAAAAUGUUCUCCAUUCUGAUUGAAAUACAGUGCCAAAAAAAAUACAGUAGCAAAACGAAAUACUUCGAAAACAAAAUCACAUUUUCAGUGCUGACAGUUGAAACCUUUCCUCCCAUGUUUUUCUCUCCCCAGCUCUCCCUAUUUCGCCCGAACCUCGGCCAAAGUUUGAUUUCCAAAGUUUGAUAAGACAAUACAGAGUUGCCUGCGGAGGAGGAACCUUGUAUUAAGUUGUUGGGUUUAAAUGGGUGGGUUAAAUGAUUUACUUCGCAUGUGUUUCGCGCCUGGAAUCGAAGUGACCAUGAAUUUAAUAUAUUAUUAAUAAGUAAUAGUAUGGUUUCUCGUGCAAUUUGGAAAAACAUACACUCGUGAGCUUUUCAAAGACUUGAAAUUACACUCGUACUUCAGACUCAAAUUACACUCGUACUUCAGAUUUAAAUAACUCACUCGUGCAUUUUUUCCCCAAAUUGCACUCGAAACCGUACAAAUGCCUAUACCAACAACUAUAAUUCCAAAACGUUGUUUCGAUAUUUAAGUAUCAUGCACUAUCCCUAUUUCGUGUUGUUUCAACAGGUAGGGAUUUUGUCAGCGGUGGUCAAUAAUUUUAGGCGCAUUCGAAAGAUUAUCUUAAACGUUUUGAAGUUCUUUUCUGGCUGUUUCUGGUGAACAGCAGAUUCGCAAAAAAAUAUAAAUUCGUUUUCGCAAAAAUGUACUGGUCAGAACCUUUCUUCGUUCACUAGUCAAAGUAGUUCUGAUAGGAAAAUUCAAAAUUCGCGAUUUUCCGUCGGAAACGGACGAUUCCCGACCUAUAAAGUUACGUAAAAAAAGCUUGAUUUUUCUACAUUUUUGUUUCCGAUCGUGAGCUUUCGCAAACGUUUCCCUCCUUCCCAAAGAAUAAUUAAAUAACAAUAUUUUUCAGUAGAAAUAACUAGGCCAAAAAAUAAAUAAAACGUUCAAAAAUCAAAUGUGAUAAUUACCCUCCCCAGGUCUCCUAUAUGUUCACCGCGCCAAUUUUGACGCAUGCGCAGACAAAAUUCCUACCUUUUUGUUGUUGCAACAAAAAGUAAUAGGUGACCGUAUGAUGGCAACACAAAUUCGUCGUACCCCUUAGGACCCUCCCCUCCCCCCGGCCACUGGAUAUUACACUCCAACACACUGAACACAGUUGCCGUGACGUCACAUGAAAAACUGUCAGCCUGCACCUUGACCUUCUAUUUUUAAUUUCGGUGCAUUUCACACGAGAAGACUGGCACUACGCGCCUUGGGAGUGGGGCGGAGGACGGGCAAAAGCAUUUGACGUCAUACUUACUAAAUACUGGCCCAAAAUUUACCAAAACCUGCCAAGUAAAGGCUAGGGCCUAGGUCUAGGCUAUCAUUGACAAUAUUUCAUGUUUUAAUGCAAUUUAACCAUGCAAUUCAAAAUUGUUAUUAUGGGAUAAUAAAUAACGAUGGAAUUUUUUGUCUGCGAUAAUUUGGUAAAAUUGUGAGGACCGAAUAAUCUAAUAAAAAAAUCCUGGCAAUAUUACUCAAGCCUUUUAAUGAUAUGAUUCAAUCCGAUUUCAUGGACUCAUGGAUACUUUAUUAAUUUCAAAAGGUGAUGUGAUGAAAUUUUGAUGUGAUGAAAAGAGAUGAUGAAAAGAACAGAAAGAGCAAUUCACGAAUGGCAUGGAGCAAAGAAAAGAAUGAUGAUCGCAACAAUCGGAAACCACAACAUUGCUAAUAUGAAAGUAGCAAAAAAUUUUACCAAUGUAAGUUAGUUAAAGACAAAAUACUUAUUUAAAGAUCAAAGGGGAUUCAAGUGAAUACAAUGAUUUUCUCAUUGAAAAAUUUGAAAUUAAACGUGCUACGAGUUUGGCGAAUUUUUCGACUUUGUUUUCCAAUUUUUGGAGUAUAGAAAUAAUAUAUUGCCCUCAAAAUUAGGUCAAACGUUUGGGUAAAACUUUCAAAAACGUAGUAGAUAAUAGAAAACUGUUUGUAUAAAAAAGAUCGACGCAACAAUACCUUAAAAAAGC